CCUCAAUCCGACAAUAUGCCCUCCCUAAGAACAUCCUACCUAGUAACCUACAACACCAUCAACGCCCUCCUUUGGGUCUACAUCUUCUCCUCCAUCAUCCUCUCCCCCUUCCAAUCCCCCCAAACAACCUACGCUACCCUCGAACCCUGGACAAGAUGGACCCAAACCAUCGCAAUUCUUGAAAUCCUACAUGCUGCAUUAGGCCUAACCCGCUCCCCCAUCUUCACAACCUUCACCCAAAUCUUCGCCCGCAGCGUCCAAGUCUGGGCCAUCAACUACGCCUACCCAGAGACCACCAGCCCCUCGCUAGCAUACAAGUACAUGCUAUUGGCAUGGUCCUUCGCAGAUGCAAUUCGGUAUUCUUAUUUCGCGGUCCUGAGUGCCGGUGCGCCGGUGCCGGGUUUGUUGAGGUGGUUGAGAUACUCCCUCUUCCUGAUCCUUUACCCCAUCGGCAUCGGAAGCGAAUGGUGGCUCAUGUUCCGGGCGCUGCGCGUUACGAAUAGCAUACCUGUUCAGGCGUUGUUCGUUUUCUUUCUGUUUCUUUAUGGGCCUGGUUCGCCCAUGAUGUAUUCGUACAUGGUUAAGCAGAGAGGGAAGACUUUGGCUGGUGGUAAGGAGAGGAAGGAGAAGCAGAAGGCGUGAGUGUCUGGUUGGUUGGUUGGUGGAUGCAGGAGGUGGUUGGUUAGUUACAUACUAACAUUGCAGAGGAUGGAUGUGGUUGGCGG